AUGAAGGCUGUUAUCGUCGAAAAGACCAACUUUGAGCCCACCUACCACAACGCCAAGCUGGUCGAUAUCCCCAAACCAGAACUCACAGAGGAUGGCCAGGCUCUGUUGGACGUUCACGCUGUCUCGUUCAACCACCGCGAGGUCUGGAUCCGCAAGGGAGUGUAUCCUGUCAUUGUGUUUAACACGGUCCUGGGAGCAGAUGGUGUUGGCAGAAUCGCCGAGGUCAAGGGCAACUCCAAGCACAAUAUUGGCGACCGUGUUGUCGUCAUGCCCUCGGUCGGCUGGACCAAGGACCCCAGGGGACCCGAGGAGGACUACUACAUCCUUGGUGGUGGGCCUGCUCCAGGCCUCUUUUCGGAGCACUUUGUCGCGCAGCAGGACGAUCUCUUCAAGGUCCCUGACCACCUGACUGACGCCGAGGCUGCUGCCCUGCCUCUGGCUGGUCUGACAGCAUGGCGUGCUGUAUUCACCAAGGGACAAGUCCGCGAAGGUCAGAACGUCCUUAUUACUGGAAUUGGUGGAGGUGUUGCUCUGAUGGCUCUGUUGUUCUGUGUUGCUGCUGGCGCCAAUGUUUAUGUCAACUCAUCAGACGACGCCAAGAUCCUCAAGGCUAUCGAGCUUGGUGCUCAGGGAGGUGUCAACUACAAAUCAGACAAGUGGGAUUCCCAACUUCAAAACCUUACUCAUGGCGAACCCUUUGACGUUGUCAUUGACGGUGCUGGAGGUGAUGGCUUUAAGGCCUUCACUAGGCUUCUUCGCAUGGGAGGCAUCAUUGUCUCCUAUGGGAUGACCGUUAAGUUCGAGGUCGACUAUACCAUGGUUGCCGUCUUGCGCAACAUCGAGGUCCGUGGAAGCACCAUGGGAUCGCGCGUCGAGUUUGGGGAGAUGGUUGACUUUGUUGCAAAGCACACGAUCAAGCCUGUGGUCAGUCAGGUCUGGCCUGGCCUUGAGUCUGCUGAGGAAGCGUUUAAUGUCAUCAAGGCUGGAACCCAGUUUGGCAAGUUAGUGUUGUCCUUGAAGAACGAUUCCAAGCUGUAA